AUGAAGGCCAGAAUUGCAGGUCCUUCAGUUCUCCGUCCGCUAUGGCGGCGAGAAUUCUCCUCCUCGGCUUCCCGUCGAGCAAUCAAUAAAAUCGUCCCCAGCGCUCAGGAAGCGAUCAAGGACUUGAAAGGCUCGACUAUGAUUUUGGUCGGUGGUUUUGGGUUUUCCGGUGUUCCUUCCAGCUUGAUUAAUGCUGUGCGCGAUCGCCCGGAGCUCAAGGACUUUACUGUCGUCUCCAACAAUGCGGGCAUGCCUGGUGUCGGCUUAGGUCAACUCCUAGAAACUCGUCAGAUUAGCAAAAUGGUUGCUUCCUUCAUCGGCGAAAACAAGGUCUUUGAGAAAAUGUACCUGGAAGGCGAUUUGGCCCUCGAGCUCACUCCUCAGGGCACAAUUGCCGAGAAAUGCGCUGCAGGUGCCGCUGGUGUCCCUGCUUUCUACACCCCUGCUGCUUAUGGAACUAUUAUUCAAUCCGGUGAACUACCCGUGCGCUACAACAAGGACGGCUCCGUCGCCGAGAUGUCAAAGCCCAAGGAAUCCCGCGAAUUUAACGGAAAACAAUACAUUUUGGAAGAAUCUUACUUUGCCGACUACGCAUUCGUCCGUGUAGCCAAGGCCGACAAGCUCGGUAACUGUCAAUUCCGCAAGGCUCAGAACAACUUCAACGAGGCCAUGGCAAAGAACGCCAAGGUUACCUUCGUUGAAGCCGAUGAAAUCGUUGAAGUUGGCCAGCUCGCACCUGAAGAAAUUCAUUUGCAGGGUAUCUACGUCAGCAAGGUCAUCAAGAGCACUGAAGAGAAGAAGAUUGAGAAACUCACUUUCGCCAAAGAUCCCAACGAUCUGCUCCAAGCUGGUAACGGCGAUGCCGCUGCCAGACGUGAACGUAUUGUCAAGCGUGCCGCCAAGGAAUUCGAGGAUGGCAUGUACGUCAACUUGGGUAUCGGUAUGCCUCUUGUCGCUCCUGCUUUCUUGCCCGAGGGCAUUGAGGUUGUUCUCCAGUCUGAAAACGGUAUCUUGGGUCUCGGUGGAUAUCCUCGCCCUGGUGAGGAGGACCCUGAUUUGAUCAACCCCGGCAAGGAAACCGUCACUCUUGCAUCUGGUGCUUCUGUCUUUGGUUCCCACGAGAGUUUCGGUAUGAUUCGCUCUGGCCGUAUUGAUCUUACAAUGCUUGGAGCUUUGCAAGUCAGCCAGUAUGGUGAUCUCGCCAAUUUUAUGCUUCCCGGAAAGGUCAAGGGUGUCGGCGGUGCCAUGGAUCUCGUCGCAAACCCCAGCAAAACCCGCGUUGUCGUUACCAUGGAGCACGUUGACAGGAAAGGAAACCCCAAGAUUCUUGAAGAAUGCUCAUUCCCUCUUACUGGACCUCUCUGCGUGUGGAAGAUCAUUACUGACCUCGCUGUGUUCAACGUCCACCCUACCGAAGGUCUUACUUUGGUGGAAGUUGCUGAGGGCUCGACUGUUGAGGAGGUCAAGAGCAAGACUGCUGCUCCUUUCAAGGUUGCUGAGAACUUGGGAACCUUUUAA